GUUUCCAUUCAUUUUGAUUCCUUUUCCCUACUACUAGCUUCUUUUCAUAUCUGCCGCGUAACGCAGGUCGUCGUCGUCGUCGCUUACAACCACCACCAACGCUUCUUCGGUAUACCCGACCGUGACGGCCACGCUUGCUGUGCUCAUCGUCGCCUCUUGUUCGCUCUCUUCCCAACGCUGACCUCGAUGGCUGCUGAAUCCCCCAGCAAUGCUCUAAACGACGCCAAAGAACCAGAGGGAGUCGAGAAGAACAAUAACGACAAUGGGGCAAGUCGAGACUCGGAUACGGGUGAACAAGAUGACCAACCGUGCGCAGUAGCUGGUGGCCCCAUCGCCGACGCCGAAUCUGUAUGUUCCCCCACUUUAUUGUCGACUGUGCCUGGAGGCGAAGUCGAGCCAGCGCCACAAAGCGUCUCCGAGGAGCCUGCAGGUCCUGAAGAACCGGUCGAGAUUGGCGAUAUUGGCGAUGCUGCAGGGUCUGUACCCGAGCCACUGCCCACAUCCGAGGAGAAGGAGUCUGUGAGCCAGGAAAUGCCGGAAUCUUCGCCCUCCUCGAGUUCUCAAGACCAGGUCGAGACGCUCGCCUCGACGUCCUGUGUGACUCUGGAAGACCAAAAGCCCACAGACGCGCCAGCACCGGAAUCCGCGUCCUCCCCACCGCCUCUCCCGGACAUGCAGACAACAGUCGCCCAAGCAGUCGCCGCUUUCAGACCUUCACCGCGCGAUGUUAUUUCGGGCAUUGCUCCUCACCUUUUCGACGAGCGACGAAGAAGAGCGAACCAGCCUCGACGUUCGUCCGUUCCGACGAUCUAUUUAUACAAAAGAAGGCCUAAAGCUUCGCCGCUACGCAAGUGUGUGGUCAUUCAUUCGUCACUCGACGCGGAUUGGGAUGCUUGGGAAAAGGAAAGCAAAGAGAGAAUCGCACGGGCUGUUCCUAGGGGUAUGCGAGGGAUGGAGAUUUACUUCUCCAAACGUGGUAGCAGCUCCAGCAAAGCCUCGUCCUCAUCCAACAAUCUCUUGACUUCGCCUCAUCGUGCUUCAAUCAUCGAUAUCAACCUUGGCGUCGGGUUCAAAUCCCCUCUUGCCCCUUCUCCCAAGAUCGUUACCCGCUCGAGAUCGAGCUCGAGAAGGAGGGCUGGAGAACACAGUCGGUCGACUUCUGAUUCGUCCCAUUCGAGCUUGGAAGAUGGGAGCUCGAACGAGAGUUCGCCUUCGUCCUCGAGCGAGGAUAUCUCGAUUAGCGGCGGGAGGAAAGAGUCGAGCAGUUUCCCUUGGCAUAAACUCAAGUUGAGGCCAAAACUCGGAAAGGAAGGGCGCGCGUUCAGCUUCAGAAAAUUGAUGGUCAAAAUCAAACCUGCUCGGACUGGUACCACGGCCACGGAGAACGCGACGAACCUUCAGUAA